AUGGCCGUAUCAAACGCUGCUCUAGUAUCCUCUCUCCGGUCGCUUUCGCUGCCCAACUCGAGAUGUACUCUCGGCCCUAGUAGAGCCCUUAACGUUCCUGCACGACCGCGGACGCAGGCGUUCGUGCCCUCGCGCGCCAAGUCCACCAAAGCAAAGACGGACCCUGCUGCCAGCAGCGCAGCCAGUAGUGAUACUGCAAUGGCCAGCAAUGGGCCUGCGAGCGGUGCACCGGGAAGAAGUACAUCGACGAAGAAGAGUCCUGUGACCUCGGAGCAGCAGGAGACGUUGCCUUGGGCAGAGUACCUUGCGAUCCGGAAGAAGAAGCGGAGAUGGGAGACGGCGAUGACAAUCCCUCUUACGAUUGCUGGCUUCGCCGGUGGGGUUGCGUACUUUGGCAACCUGGAUGUGGAUCCCACCAAGCCAAUUUUUAAUGUUGACCCCAUGUUCGUGUAUGGCUUUGCGACUCUGGGGUGCGGAGGUUUGGGAUACCUGUUCGGCCCCAUUGUCGGCUCGACGUUCUGGAGGAUCACGCACCGCCGGACGAUGAGACUUAUCGAGGAACGCGACAAGCAGUUCCACCAUCACAUCGUCAAAAACAGGGUUGAUCCCGCCGCGCAGAGUGCCACGAAUCCGGUACCGGACUACUACGGGGAACGUAUUGGCUCCUUGCACGAUUACAGACAGUGGUUGAGGGAUCAGUCGAAGUUCCGGCGGAAGGCGUUCCUCCCGGAAGAUUAG